ACGUCAGUUUGUAUUUAUGAUUUUGAAUUUUACGAAAAGUUUGUUUUGUUUGUUUUAAGUUUUAGUGACUAUAAACCUAAAGAAAAAUGGAAAAUUCUGUUACUGAAAACGAUGAACAAAAGUCUUUCAGAUCACCGCCCCGACGGAGACGUUCGACAUUCUUCGAAAGACGCGAUUCGUUUGUGCCACAGGCGUUUACCGAUAAUAUUGAUUCAAAUAUUUGCAAAAAGUUAAGUGAAAUGGAUGAUAAACACACUCAGGACCUUUUUAGGUACCAUGAUAAUCUUGUGGCCGAAAAAGACCAGUGGAAGAUGGAAGUCAAUCGCAGACGUAACAAAUAUCAUGAUCUAAAACAACAGUAUCAAAUGGCACUAACAGCUCCAAGUAGAACAAGAAUUUCAUAUUCAUCAUUAUCCACUGAAGAUAUAGAAUUUUUAAAAUCAAAAGUAAAUGUAACAAAAAUUGUGGACAGCCAGCUGAAGUUACACCAAAGUGUAAAAGAAACACAGGCACUGUACCGAAGAGCAAUGGAACUUGAUAAUGUGUUGUUGAAUCACUGUGAAGAGAAAGUAAAGGAAGUUACAGAUUACAUUCUAGAAAAUAGUACAAUUGAACCUAAAGAAUGACCUAUGAUAUUGUUAUGUCAAGAAGAUAACAACUGUUAGAAAUAUUUAAAGUUUAAAAACACUUAUGACUACAUGUUCAUGUUACUUCUGUUAUAGAAGUGAUUGCAACAAAUAACUGUUUGUUGAACUUUGUCCAUAUUUGUGUAACUGAGUUAGAUCACCAAGAGACACAGUUGCUCAGAAACAGAUAUUCUUGUAAUAGACAUAGGUCAUGUAUAAAUGAUUCAAUCCUUCACAUUCAAAAAUUUAUAUUCAUUUCUAUUGUGACUUCCUUAUUGUUAUAUAAUAAUUAAAUACCACCUGUUAAGCGCAAAUAUAAGUCUUGCUAUUAAUAAGUUUGAAAUAGCCCUGAUAACUCGUAAAUGCCAACUUUCUUCAAUUAUCCAGAUGUUUUGAUAUUAUUUUCUGGUUUGUUGGAAAUAUUAUGAGUGAAAGGUGGAUGGUAACUGAUAUAAUUACUGUGAAUAUGAUUUUAAUAGAAUGUAAAAAAGAUGUAAUAGAAAAAUUUUAUGUAUCUUUUUACCUUUUUAGUGUUAAAUUAAUUUCUUAGUAUUUAUACAAUUAUAAAUCAGUAAACUUCUAGAGCUGAUAAUGUUUUA